ACCACCCCAAGCGAUAUCAGCCUAAACCUGUGACAAAACAUGGCACCAAACACCACUCUACUCCUCUGCCUGAGUCUUGGCCUCAUCUCGCUCGUCCAAGGCUAUGCCUUCGAAUUAGAGGACGCCGGAGACGUCGCCGGUCUCCUCGGUGAUGCCGACCUAGAAGGAAUCGAUGAGAUGCCGAUGAUGGAAGCUGGAGCGAUCGGGGAAGAAGAAGAUAAAAGAAUGAUGCCAAUGGAAGGACAGACUGCGCAGGACUACCUUCUAGAACUCUACGAGCGAGACAGGAGGGGAGCAAGGUGGAAUAAGAAUUUUAUGGGUAUAAGUUCACUGGACCGAUCCAUUACAGCAUACACAUCAUUCCUGCCCUGUAGAGUUGAAGGCAUGUGUAAGCAAAAGUUCAAAAAGACAUUCCGCUGCAAGUGCAAUCAACAUACUUACUGCGUUGGACCCGGCAAGAAGUACGAGGCUCGUUGCAGAUACAGCGCAGUGGGGCAUGUCUUCUAUCAGCCGUAAGAUGGCAGCAUACAGGAACCAAAGAUUUCGCCACAAUGGGGGGAGGUACAAACCUUCAUCCAGGGGUUACAGACUCGUCAAAACUUUCAACAACAAACCAACUAAAACAACCACAACAUACUCAACCAGAAUAGGCACCAAUCUGAAAGGGAAUCUAACUACGCGGAAUCUAACCCGGUCAAUCGUACAUAAUUUAUGAACUAAACAUUUGGAACUUUCACAGUAAGACUCGGCUGUGAUCAACGAACCGCCAAGAUUCAUUCACUAAUUAAUUCAAAUCGUGCGUCUAAAUAUGCAUACUAGCAGCUUUGUGUUUAGAAAGAAUAAACAAGAGGCUUUACAACUUUACAAAGGAAAGGAGGCUUUACUGAAGGUGGAAAGGUUUUGAAUAUUGUCAGUCGUUCUUUAAUGUAGUUCUUUAAAACAUUGGAAAUACAUGCAAAAACUCUCAAUUAUCUGUUCUACGAUUUUAUUUUAUUUUAAUAUGCUGACCAAAAGUGGAUGGUAACCUCUUUAUCUCAUACUUGGGAUCAACAACAACAUCAACAAAUCUUCUAUGAUCCUGAAAUAUUUAUUUCUCUAAAACGUGCUACCUUUCAGAUUUCAUAUAAAACUAUUUUAGUCUGUGUACAUACUUUUGUCGCACUUGAACAAGAAAUUAAUAAUAUUGUUAGCCCGUUGAUCAUAAAUAUUGUCUCUACUAGCACGACAUAUUUGUUUAAUUGUAGGUGAGUUAAUACUAAAGAUUCAUUAAAAUAAAUUAUUUAUAAUACACUUCCUCUUUAGGAUAAUCUUAAUCAUCUAAGUAUAAUAAUUUUUUACUUAUCGUUAUGUGGUGUCUUGGAUCUAGAACGUUCUCCUACAAUUAUUCUUAUUAAAUUAUUCCAUCGACUUGUACCAUUUACAAUUCCUGUAAAUUUUGCAUAAUUCUUUCUGUCACUUGUUUAGCAUUCAUAUCAACGCCAUUUCGUUCUUAUGUAACAAAUCGGUUUUACCAACUUACAUGAGCUAUUCCACUUCGAUUUUCAAGCUUUACUCUACGCAUGUUUCAAAAAUAAAACUAACAAAAAAAUUGCAAAAAGAAACAUAUUUAACCUAAAAAAAAGCAGAAAAGGGUAAUUUGAAAAGGAAAAGGCAUUAGCCUUUUGUUAAAAGAACGUAGCAUGUAACAUGUCUAGUUUGACAUUUUCUUUGACAGCUUGUAUAAUUAAUGGGAUAAAAUGUCCUUGCGAGUUCAUGUUUGAAAGGCUUUGUUCGUAUUUAUGUUAUCGUAUGGAGUGUGUUAUAUAUUACAUUAAUGAUUGGAAAUUUAGUAUGUUGUAGGCUAAUGUAGGGGGGAGUGUAGUAAUCAUAUGCAUAUUUUAUCAGAUUGUACCAGAGGGACAGAAAGUAAGGCAAUGUUGCGUGAGUAUAUUCAAUAUAAUGCCAGUACAAUGCUGGCAGCAUUUAGAGUAAAGUUCAAAUCAUAUUAUAGAAUAUAUAGUAGAGUAAGAACCUUAUUGUAUAGAGCCUUUAUAGCUGCAAAAGUAUACUGAAAGACUUCACUUGGAAGAGCAUAAAUCAUUAUUUUUGUACAUAUUUUAUUUUUAGCCGUCCUUAUUCAUUUUUUGAGCUCCGAUAUAAUAAUCAUUGUGCAUGUUUACAAUUUCUUUGUUUGAUUUAGUUCGUAGUAUGUUAUUGCUGUUUAGUUCGUGUACAGAAUAGACAAGCAUUAUCGUAUCUUUUCAAAAGCAAAUUAUUUUAUUUAACCAACUAUAUUGACCUCAAGAACAAUUAUUUUGAUUUAUGCAUAUUAAUUUGGAGAAGAAAGUGUGAAUUUUGUAUAGGGUUUGAUUGCGUUGUAUUGUGUUUGUGAUUAGAACAUGUCAAGAAUUGGUCGUCAAAAUCCUGAAAGUUGUAAUAACUCUGAUCGAAAAUAAAGCUCAAAGAAACUUAUCAUCAGCACACUUUUCAUCAACUUUGCACCACAACACACAAACUUUUAGGUGUCUGAAUAAAAGGUAUUCGUCAAAUAAA